UCCACGUGCCGGGCGCUCGGAGCUGCCGCGCUGGCAGCCCUAGGCAGGGAGGUGGGGAGUGGGGGGGACGGACGACGGUGCUCGGUUCGGGUUCGUGCCGGCUGCGCUCCCCGUCGGCAGUCCUUAACGCUUGUAGUACCGCUGGCGUGGGCUCAGCUGCUUUCAUCGGAUCUGUUUCAGUAACCGAGCCACUUCACUCUUUGUGUUAUGCGCUGUUAAAGCCUACUGGUUCUUUCUGCAUGAGGAGUUUUUGCCAUCAGGAAUGUCCUCAGAUGAGAGAUAAAGUGUAGAGUAACUCGCAGAAUUGGCUACUCUAUAAGUGAUCGCUUCAAGUCCAAGUUCAGAAAGGGUACAAAUUCUCUGGAGGCUUCACUGCCGGUUGCGUUAAAGCUUUAAAAUAUCGGCUUGUGAGAGGAGAAUGACUUGGAAGAUGUUGGGACAUUGUUUUGAAAAUAAGUGCUUAAAUUGAGGGAAGAAAAACAGUGUGAUUAUCAUCUCAGAACAUUCCCAAUCCAGUAUUUCAUUUUUGACUUCGUUCAGAUGCCUUCUGCUUGCAAGGCUGCUGAAAUGUGUUGAGCACUGCCUCUCAUCCCCCAACCAUGAACAGUUCAAAAUCACCAGGGCUGGCUGCAUUUGGAAUCUUAAAAAACACAACCUGCCACACAGAGAAGAAGAUUUCUGUUUUCUUUUCAAUAAUUUUCAUGACAGUGGGAAUUUUGUCCAACAGUCUCGCAAUAGCAAUUCUCAUGAAAGCGUAUCAGAGAUUUAGACAGAAGUCCAAAGCCUCUUUUUUACUUCUUGCUAGUGGCUUGGUCAUCACCGAUCUCUUUGGCCACCUCAUCAACGGAGCCAUCGCAGUGUUUGUGUAUGCAUCGGACAAAGACUGGAUUCGGUUUAACCAGUCCAACAUUCUUUGCAGUGUUUUUGGCAUCUGCAUGGUUUUCUUUGGUUUGUGCCCACUUUUCCUGGGCAGUGUGAUGGCUGUUGAACGUUGCAUUGGAGUCACCAAGCCAAUAUUUCACUCCACAAAAAUGACUUCUAAACAUGUGAAAAUGAUGUUGACUAUGGUAUGUCUGUUUGCUGUUCUUAUAGCUUUGCUGCCUAUUCUUAGGUUUAGAGCCUAUCAAAUUCAAGCAUCGAGGACCUGGUGCUUCUAUAAAACAGAACAUGUUGAGGACUGGGAAGACAGAUUUUAUCUCUUACUUUUUUCUUGCCUUGGGUUACUGGCCCUUGCUAUUUCAUUCUUGUGCAAUGCUGUCACAGGAAUUACCCUCUUAAGGGUCAAAUUUAAAAGUCAACAAAGACAAGGCAGAUCGCAUCAUUUUGAAAUGAUCAUUCAGCUCUUGGCUAUAAUGUGUGUUUCUUGCAUUUGCUGGAGUCCAUUCCUGGUGUCAAUGGCCAGCAUUGGGAUAAAUGCAAGUCAUUCAAAGGAGAACUGUGAAACAAUACUUUUCGCUCUCAGAAUGGCAACAUGGAAUCAGAUUUUAGAUCCCUGGGUGUAUAUUCUUCUCCGGAAAGCCGUACUUAAAAACCUGUACAAGAUCACAAGGGGAUGUUGUGGCAUGCACAUCAUAAACUUACACAUGUGGGAACUCAGCUCCAUCAAGAAUUCUUUAAAGGUUGCAGCAAUAUCUGAGUCACCAGUAAGUUCCAAACAAAUAAAUCUACAGCCGCUCAGCUCAACUGGUCAAUAAAAUCAGACACAGCGUAUGAAGAGAUGAUGGAAGCAAUGCUCAUAGACGGGCAAUACUUCACAAUGAAUUCUAAGGCUCAGUGGCUUGGCAUUUGUUUUAAAUUGUGAAUGAUUUUCUCCUUUUGCUUAUCAGUUUGAUACUGCUACUCCAGAAGAUGCAUUUGAAUGUUUUAAUUCACUUUAGUGUAUAUCCCUGCCAAAUAUGGCUGUAGAAUGAUUAAUCUUUGUAGAUUUCUCCUAAAUACUAAAGAGAACAGGGUUCCAAAUCCUUUACCUUAGCAGGAUUCUUAAAAAAAAAACAUACAGGUGAGAAAAUAAUCUCUAGUUUUUUUAAAAGGGGUAGCUGCAUCUAUCAGUGAUACUUCCAAAGCCUUUUCCAAAGUCAUUGUUUCCUAUGAUAAAAUCCACCGUCCUUUCCUUGAGGGUGUUCUUUGCUUCUAGGCAAUUCAUUUUCCCAUUGGAUGUAUAAAAGAUGUUGUAUCUGUGGCUAACUUACUAAAUAAUCUAGUUUGUUUGGUUCAUUGACUUGAAUUCUCAGUUAAUUACUGCACAAAUUUUUGGGAGAGCUGCAAACUUCAUCAGCAUAUGUGUCCCUUCCAAUCUCUGAUAAAAUAGGUUCCCUAUGGGAACGCAGUUAGAAGCAAAUGAGCUCAGCUUGCUUACAGUUACAUUUUAGACCUAUUGGUGAGUUGUUAGUCUUUUCAGUAAAUUUUAUUGAAAUGAACAGACAUAAAGUUGUGGUUAGUCUGUAUAAAGAGUACGGCUUAUUUUAUUUUUUAUUUCCACACUGAAGAAAAUUCCUUGAAGGGUUUUUCUAAUUAAUAAACAGAAACAGUCGUAAGGUACCUGUGCUCAACUUGUAAAAGGUUGCACAGGUCUCACGUAUAAUAGUUGGGUAGGGAGCUGCACUGUGUGUGUGGUUUUUAUUUGUGAAAACAAACUGCAUACUUGAUGUUGGCAGCAUCCAUGUCUGAAGUGCUGAGUACAUGCAGUAUAUCUGAAGGUGUCUGAAAAUUUCAAGGACUUUAUACAGGAGGCCCUUCACCUCUAUUGCUGCUAAAAGAAGCAUUGGCUUUUGUGAAUGUACUUUGUUUAGAAGCAAAAAUGAGAGUAUCAGACUUCGUAACAGAAGGAUUAUUUUAAGAUAUAACUAUUUUAUUUUUACUUAUUUAACUUCAGAUUAUGAGUGAAAGGUUAGUACAUUUGGACUAAAUAGUUGAAAAUUGAUUCACUGGGAAGACAGUCUGAGAAACCAAAACUUUUCACAAAGUACUAAUUCAUGUUAAAAUGUUCUCACAGUUUGAGUUGAAAAAUAAAAAAACUCAAGAAGUUUAAAUAUUUCAAUUUUUUGUUUUAAAAUGGCUAGAAAAUUAAUGGGUUAAAUAAGCUUAUAAUGAAAUGAAAUGCUUUCACUUUACCCUGAGGAUUUUUUCUGCCAAACACAGAAACUACAAAAUGUGUACAUAUUUGAUGCUGGUAUAAGCUCAGCACUGUAACUACUUCUGACUUCCACAGAAAUCUGGGAACAUUUAGUCAGUACUCAAUUUGGCCUUUUCAUUUUGUAGAAUGUGGUGCCAGUGUAUCUGUUGACAUAACUUAUUUGUUCUUGUUUUAGCAGCUGCAGAAAAAUGUUGGUCUGUAAAUUGUUGAGGUGUUUGAUCAGUGAAUGAAGCUCAUCAAUGUUUCAUUUUGUUAUGUGAGUAAAUGUAGCUUGUGUAGUUCAUACUGGUUGACUUGUAAAACAGAAAAAGUUUAUAUGUAUAUGUGAUCUCUAAUAUUUUGUGAAUUAUUGCAACUAUUGUAAAUUGCAGAACUUCAUUAAAGUUAUCAAACCAUGUCUUGAGAGUUAUGAUAUUUUUGUAUGACAGAAGGGAACCUAAGUUGCUGAAGUAAGCCUUAUUACAACCCCAAUGAAUUCAAACUGACCAGUGCCAUUUAGAACCAUGACAGCAGUGUGAAGGUAGUAAGGAGGACAAUGAGGAUACAAA